UUUCUCUCAUCCCUCCCUCUCCGUCCUCCGAGCUCUGGUAGGCUUACAAUGGUACGGCCAGCAUCUUGCAGCACAAUGGUUGCAAGGUGGUGAGCUGGGAGGGAAGAGUGAUUCAGCAUCAGCAAACCUCAGUUUCCGUCCAUCCCUGCUUUUUUUUGUUUUUUUUUUUUUUAGUUGGUUUUCUUUCUUCAUCGCUCCUUCGUCUUUAAGAAAAGAAAAGAGGGGGGAAAAACGCCUUUUGCUCAUCCGCAUGAACGUGUUUAUUACGCCUCCAGCGAUGGUCACUGCACUGUUUCUCGUCGGGAUGUUUUGAAAGGGACUGGCUCCGGACUGGGAUCGUCAUCAGCUGGCACGGAAUGGUAUUUAUGAGCAGACAUUUCUUAUAUAACUGCAGCCAACCAGUCCUGGAUGUAAAGAUAGCCUUUUGUCAGGUGUGUGUUCCUUACAGGUAAAGAAGGGUUUUGGCAAACAAGUGGAUGUGUCAUAUAUUGCCAAACAUUACAACAUGAGCAAAAGCAAAGUGGACAACCAGUUCUACAGUGUGGAAGUGGGAGACUCCACCUUCACAGUUCUAAAGCGUUACCAGAAUUUAAAGCCCAUUGGUUCUGGAGCUCAGGGAAUUGUCUGUGCGGGCUAUGAUGCUGUCCUGGACAGGAAUGUAGCCAUAAAGAAACUGAGCAGACCCUUCCAGAACCAGACCCACGCCAAGAGGGCAUACCGGGAGUUGGUGCUCAUGAAAUGUGUCAAUCACAAAAAUAUAAUCAGCUUAUUAAAUGUCUUCACGCCACAGAAAUCAUUAGAGGAAUUCCAAGAUGUGUACCUCGUGAUGGAGCUUAUGGAUGCCAACUUGUGCCAGGUGAUUCAGAUGGAGCUUGACCACGAGAGAAUGUCCUAUCUGCUCUACCAGAUGCUAUGCGGUAUCAAACAUCUGCACUCAGCCGGUAUUAUUCACAGGGAUCUCAAACCAAGCAAUAUAGUGGUGAAGUCUGAUUGCACCCUGAAGAUCCUGGACUUCGGUCUGGCUAGAACCGCGGGCACUAGUUUCAUGAUGACCCCGUAUGUGGUGACGCGAUACUACAGAGCCCCAGAGGUCAUCCUGGGAAUGGGAUACAAAGAAAAUGUGGACAUUUGGUCGGUGGGGUGCAUCAUGGGAGAAAUGGUGCGCCACAAAAUCCUUUUCCCUGGCCGGGACUACAUUGACCAGUGGAACAAGGUGAUAGAGCAGCUGGGCACGCCCUCUCCAGAGUUCAUGAAGAAGCUGCAGCCCACGGUGAGGAACUACGUGGAGAACCGGCCAAAGUACGCGGGCCUCACCUUCCCCAAGCUCUUCCCCGACUGCCUUUUCCCUGCUGACUCUGAGCACAAUAAACUCAAAGCAAGCCAGGCCAGAGACCUGCUGUCUAAGAUGCUGAUCAUCGACCCUGCUAAGCGGAUAUCGGUGGACGAGGCCUUACAGCACCCCUACAUCAACGUGUGGUACGAUCCAGCUGAGGUGGAGGCGCCUCCACCUCAGAUUUACGACAAGCAGCUGGACGAACGAGAACACUCGAUAGAUGAGUGGAAAGAACUAAUCUACAAAGAGGUGAUGAACUUUGAGGAAAGAACGAAGAAUGGCGUUGUGAAGGGACAGCCUUCACCUUCAGGUGCAGCCGUGAACAGCAGCGAGAGCCUCCCUCCCUCCUCCUCUAUCAACGACAUCUCCUCCAUGUCCACCGACCAGACCCUGGCUUCAGACACUGACAGCAGCCUGGAGACCUCCGCGGGACCCCUGGGGUGCUGCAGGUGACUAUCCGCCUGCCUGCGCAACCCCAUGUUCUUCCGGAGGUGAAGAACCCAACAGAUAUGACCGACGAAAUUGAAAUGAUGUUUAAAAAAAAAGGAAAAAAAAAAGAAAAAGAAAAGAAAGAAAAAAAAAGAAAGAUCAAAAUGAAUAUAUUCUGAACAAAAACAUAAGCUAUUGAAACGCAGUCUGACAUGAUGAAACCCAAAGCCUGUGCAUUGUCAUUCAAAAAGCAGCAGUGGCAUUAAACUGAAGAUAAUGAGCUGAGAUAUAUGUUACUGAUCCUCUAGUUGCUUUGCUUAUAAUCCCUCGCCCCGGAAACACACGCACACGCACACGCACGCGCACACACACACACACACACACACACACACACACACACACACACACACACACACACAUCUUGUAUAUGGCAUCCAAACAAACAAACAAACAAACAAACAAAAAAAAAACCCUGCGCCUCCUGUAAAAUGCAUUUUGGCCGGCUGCUGGUUUCUCCUAAUUACUUCCACAAGCAUCCGUGGCUAAUCGUUGUGGCAAGGUGGGCUGCCAUUGUCUUCAUCGCUUUUGGUUACAAAAUAAAUUUCCCUUUUUUUUUUUUUUUUUUCCUGCAUUCAGCUUUGAACCUCAACUCAUUUCCUGAGUCGCUCCCACCCAACAUGAGUUUUGAAGUGUUACUUUGCCUGUACCGUUUACUGGGUUUUGUACAUCUUCAGGGAAUGUGCAGUCGCUCUCACCCGCAGCUACUUGUAAAUAUUGUAAUUCUGUACAGCUGAAGGGCAGACAGAUUUGGGACUGAAGGCCAGUACACCGGGAGUUUUUUUUUUGUUUUUGUUUUUUGUCUGACUAGCCUUCACCUUGCCACAUUACUUCUCUCCACCUCGGUUGCCCCUCUGCCUAACGCUGUAGUUGUGCAUGAUUAGAUUAAGACUGCGCAAAUCACACUGUAUGCUAGAGAGAGAAGAAAAAAAAAACAGUCUGUACAGAGACUUGUAUUCAUGUGCUAUGUAAACUAACUCCACCACAUACAUUAGGAGGCGGGGUCUGGUCUCAGUACGACAGAAAAGAUGGUAAAAUCAGGAUUGAAAUGAUCGGUGUUCUCAGAAAUAAAUUAGACUGGUGAGUAAUCUCCAUGCCAUUUCCCCUGGCGGCGUACAACUUGUCCCGCCACCACCCCGUGGGCCGACCCACGGCGUUGCAUGUCACUGUGUAAACCAUCACGGUUGGAAGAAGUGGAAAUGUUUCACUGCGGUUCAACCACAAAAAGGCUUCUUCCAAUUAUUUGACUCCUUAAACACCAUUCAGCGAGACAAAGGUGGAACAGCAGGAAGGUUUAUGGGCAAACGAGGAGUGUUAACUUUGAAGCUGUGACUCCACCUGACAAAUAAACAGGCUCUUAUUGUCACCGCACGCUACACCAUCACGCUUUAAAGAGGCAGCUGGAUAGGAUUCAACUGCCAUAUUUCCUGACUGGAUGGUAUUUAGGCUGGAUGGCUCAUCUGUUUAUUUAUACCAGUGGGAGGAAUCUGAAUAUGGCUAGUUUAUUUUGGAGUAAAGGACUGCAGCUGCACCAAAAAAGAAGAAAAAGGAAAAAAAAAAAAAGUCCCUAAACCACAGUUUGGUGAAAGGAUGUGGGAAGGCCUUGUUUAACCUCCAUCUUUUUUUUUUUUUUUUUUCCAGGAUGCCUCUGGUUAUUUAGCCAAUCAAACUGUGAGCUCUUUUUGCUCUUUUUUCAGCUUCGUCUCCGACGCACGCACAGUUGUCGCAUCGUGAGUCUUUAGAGAUGUAGUACUUGCUCUGUACC